CUCCUCUAAAUGUGUACUUCAUAGAACAGAGCCUUGCUCAGUUUGUGUGAGUUCUAUAAAUUGUACUUCACAGUGAGCCAUACUGAGCAAUAUAUCUAUGUAAACAUUUGUUGGAGCAUUUGUGGAGAAGAGUUCUGGGGAGGAAGGAGUCGGCCAUCUUUUGACAAACAUGAACUUCUCACAGCCACAGAAACAACAGAAAAGACAAAGUUCCAGAGCUGGAUGAUGAAAAAUCUCCUGGUUUCUUUGCUUGUCUUGAGAAUGGGUUCUUCUUUUGCAUAGUUCCAAAUUCGUGAAACUUGUCAUCAUCAAAGGACCAUCUUUUCUCCUUGGAUGGACUGAUUAUUAAUUGUUUGUGUUCAAUGGGACUUCGAAUUCACUUUGUGGUUGACCCUCAGGGUUGGUGCUGCAUGGGCCUGAUUAUCUUUGUUUGGCUGUACAAUACAAUCUUCAUUCCAAAAGUCAUCCUUUUUCCUCACUAUGAAGAGGGGCAUAUUUCAGCUGUGGCAAUUUUGUGUUAUUACCUCUGCUCAUUGUUUUGUAUAGCUUCUUUAGUAAGAGCCUCAGUAGCUGAUCCAGGAAGGCUACCUGAAAACCCAAAGAUUCCAAUUACAGAAAGAGAAUUUUGGGAAUUGUGUAACAAAUGCAAUAUGAUGAGACCAAAGCGUUCACACCACUGUAGUCGUUGUGGACAUUGUGUGAGGAGGAUGGAUCACCACUGUCCAUGGAUUAAUAAUUGUGUUGGUGAAGACAAUCAUUGGCUGUUUUUACAGCUGUGUUUCUACACUCAAAUUCUUAGUUCCUAUACACUGCUACUUGAUUUCUGCCAUUACUACUACUUUUUGCCUCUGAAAAAAGAUAACUGGGAUGUUUUUGUAUUUAGACAUGAACUUGCUCUUCUAAGAAUAUCUGCCUUCAUGGGUAUAAUAAUAUUAGGUGGAAUAAGUGGACUCUUUUACACUCAGCUAAUUGGUAUUUUCACUGACACAACAAGCAUAGAGAAAAUGUCAAACUGCUGUGAAGAUAUAUCAAGGCCCCGAAAGCCAUGGCAGCAGACCUUCUCAGAAGUUUUUGGCACUCGCUGGAAGAUCCUGUGGUUUAUUCCUUUCAGACAGAGGCAACCACUGCGAGCUCCCUACCACUUUGCCAAUCACGUCUAAAGAGAUGGAUGGUGGGCACAGAUGGGUCCUCCAUGCUGGAAAUGCGUUGCAGGUUUUAUGAUAAUAGGACUAUGACAGUCGUCAAGUCAAUUAAAAACUACCCACCAAUUGUAGACAUCACAGUGUGUCCCAAGCUUUAUUUUAAUAGUGGUCUUGAUUCUGUUUAGAAAUUAAUACAUUUUCUAUGUUUACAUUUAGGUAUAUUCACUUCCAAAUCAGCUUUCCAACAGGAUUUCAUCUAUCUUUGAAGUUAAUAGUAAAAACAAAUGACUGGAAUGCAGUCUUACACUAUUUGUUUGAUAGUAAUGAUUCUUUUCUCUUUUUUUUCCUCUGGUAGGAAACACUGAAGUUUACAUUGAUUGUUAGCUUUCCCACUAAGUGUCUUAUUUUUUUUUACUGUUUCUAUCUGUAGGUCUUCUAGAUAAUAUGAGGUCUUUGUUUCUGCUGCUUGUGUUUAAAAUUCUCCAAUACUGCCAUUUAUUUGUGACGCAUGAUUUUGACCAUGCAGCACUGCACUAUAAAAGGCAGCAUUUAAAACAAGCAGACGUUUUCCUAAACUUUUCUUGGAGAGGUUAUUAUAAAUACACGUAUAUGUUUAUAUAGAGAGAUCUUACAUUUUACAGUCAUCCUUCUGAACAGAUAUAGUCUCAGUGGAAAAUAUUUAUGUAUUUAUGAAAAGUCACGGGGUAAGACAUGCAGAUGCAAAGCAUGUUGUCCCUAAUACUCCAAGGAUUUCUUUGCAAUAAUUCAACAACAACAACAAAAAAGUAUGGUACGUAUACAAGGAUGAUUACUUUCUAAAAUUGCAUAUUUAAUUUGUCAGCGUAAUGUACCAUAAGAAAUAGACUAUUGUCGUUAGAGUAAUAAACAUUUCACACGUUCUCUUCCUUAGUCACAGAUAGCUGGAAUUGAUUUAGGUGUUUGUAGAUGGGAAGUAUUUGUGAAAAUAUGUAAAAAUAUUUAUAUAGAGAUACAGAUAUUUGCUAGUAAGAGGAAUAGGGCACUGUACUGAUGUACAAUAGCUUGUUUGGGGCCCUUUAUUUAUGGAAGUUAUUAACCAAAGAAAGCAUCAUUUACAUUGUGGUGAAGUGACAAUGAUUCCCAGAACUGGCUUGACUCUUCUGUAUCUGGAAAAAAAUAUGUAAUUUAUGAUAGCCUUGUAUAUCUGUACAAAUGCUAGAAAGAAGUACUGGUGAUUCUUGAAAGUGUGAAUUUUCAUGGGAGAUUCACAGCUGCAAUGCCUAUACCGUUUGUUGUCUAGUCUAACAGGACCAGGAUCCACCUUAAAUGACAGCCAAGUGACAGGGUAAUUUUUAAAGGCACAGACUCAGAGUAUGCACCAGGUAGUCUGAAUUUGCAGAGAAUCACAGUUAAUUUGCAAACAGUUCAUUGAAAGCGAAGGGCUAAAUUUGUCAUGAAUGCUAUUCACAAUUAACUUUUAGAUCUUCUCCUUAAAAUCUUAAUACAGUCACUGCUUAUGGUGGAUGUUCCUUUACUGAAUUAACCAUUUUGAUUACUGAAAUUGCAAAAAGAAUCAUCUUAAAAUAACAUGAAUUUUAACUUCUUAGUUUUUCUGACUAACUUAAUUUUUUCUGAACUUCUAACAUUUGAACUGACUUUACUUCCCUUCUCUCUUUAAAAAUAAAUACAGUACUUUCUUCUUUUAAAUGUUGAGCCUAAUAUUCAACUGUUCUUUGUUGCUGCAUUUAUAGAUGUAACUUCGGAAUUUAAGAUAGUAAUUGGCAGCAGUACAUAAAGGUGAGCUUGAGGAGAGUGGAUGAGAAGGCCAAACUAGCACUUGAAAUUAAAAAGAAUAUGUGUAUUUAUUAUUAUAAAGUAAUGCCUGUAUUCACUUUUCUUUGGAAGUACUUCAAUUACUAUAGUCUCUGUGAAGCACUUAGGGGAAUACUAGCAGUCAGUUUUGGUAUACGUGCCAAUAUUUAGAUGAGAAAAACUCUUUUGGUUUUUAAAAGUUUUUCACGCUGAUCAGUUUUCAUAGCAGGUCAUUACACUUUGAUGCUUGUUAAGAGAGAGGAUCAACAAUAUAAUUAUUCUUGAUACAUUUGUGAUGGGGGCAUGUAUUUUAUUCCUUCUGUUCCCUGAUAUCACUCUCUUGGUUAACUGUACAUAGAGAACCAAUUCUAUAAAUACUGAAUCCCCUCAGCUCUGGGAACCUCAGUUAAUUUUUUUUUACAUGAUAUAUACAAUGAAGUAAUGAGACCACUGAAUGUUACCUGUCCUGUAGGGAUAAAUGUUCAACUCUUUUCCUGUAUUUUUAAAAAAGAGGAGAUAUGAAACAGAAAAAUCUGUCCUGAUAAGGCAGAGAUUGGGGAUAAACAUGCUCUGAGUGGCUAACAGGGCAUGCAUAUAGACAUCCUUGCACUUUUUCUCAUGGUUUACAGUUAAUGCUGAUGAAUUUUUAGGCUUGAGACAUUAGCACGUGUUUGGUCUCUGAGGCUGAGUAGUGUUUUCAGACUGUAGUCUGCCUAGCUAACGUUCAAGUGUGAUGUAGAGCCUUUCCUCUCUUAUUCUCGAAGUGCCCUCUUUUGGCCAUAUUAAGCAACGACGGUUGACUCUUGGCCUGAAGCAAGGAUGGUGCGCAGCUGUCAUUCUUCAUUACUGCACAGUGGUUAUCUGGAGCAACAAUUGCAUGAUUUGGGUGUGUGUCUGUGCUUGUGGAGAGAUGAACAUCGCAAGACAAGACUGCGUCUUAAAAAGACACUGUCUUGGGCCCGCAUCAAAUGUUGUAUAGCAUGUGGAACUUUUACAGAAAAUUUUCAGAAUCAGGUGACUUUUCUUUCAAACAAUAAAUAAUAAAUUAAAAAAUGCAUUCUAAAGUGCUUAAUCGAAUUAUUCUACUUGGAUUUGAUCUACAGUGAGUGAGUGUGAAGGGAAACUUCAUAAAACGGUGGAAGUGAAGAUGGGGCCAAAUGUUUUGGUUUUUCAGCUUACUGAGUUGAGUGAAGCUGAAAAGAGCAAGUAUUUGCAGUUUAAGUACCCAGGCCAUCAUUAUGCAAGUCUUCUAAUGUUCAUUUUACAGUCGUCUAGUUUUAUUCAAUAAAUUAUACUUUUUCGAAACAAUUAAAACGUUUUAUUCUACCAGGCCACUCUGCACCAAUGUAAGGAAUGUAGGGACACAGACAAGGUAUCAGUAGUACUGUGAAAGAGAAUCUUUUUCAUCUUUGCAUUCAGAUGAAAUAAAUGAUAAUAAGAUGGGUUUUUGGUAACCUGAAAUUGUAAUUAGCCUGGAACACCUUUUUAUAGCACAUUAUAUACUGUAUUUUGCUAUCCUUCCUACCAGAAGGACAUAACUUGUAGCAGACUGCCGCUGUCUCUUGUAUAUGAAGUUGCUGACAUUUGGAUGUAUUGUUUAACUUUGUCAUCUCUAAUCUUUGUCUUCACUGUGGACUUAAUUUUGCUGCUGCUAAAAAUAAGAAGGUGAUGUAGCCUUACUGGAACAACAUUAUCACAAAGACAAAGCUUAGUACUGUUGACUGACUCUUCUCAAUUUCCCAACUGGACAUAUCAUUACAUUCCUUAAAAGUGUUUUGUUUGCUACAGUCCUGAUUUUUUUGGACAAAAGAAUGUUGCUUAAUCUACAGAUAUUCCAAUCAGCAAUACUUAAUAUUACCUCUAGCAGUAGUACCAGAAUAGAAACUAAAUGUACUUCCAUGGUAUCUGCCUUUGAAGACUAAGUUUCGUAAAACAGUGUGAUUAUUCAUUAGUACCACCUUGUACUUCUCAUUCAAUAUUAGUUCUACAGUUUUGAUAUGUAUGCAGGAAUAAUAAAUGGAUUUUUUUUAGCACAGUGUGUAAGAAAUACAUUUUCAGUCAUAAUCCUGCAACUGGUUGAGGGUUAACUGUCAGAAUACAAAGGUGCUACUCCAUUUUUUGCAUUUCAGAAACUAUGAGAUUUUCUCCAGCCAUGAAAUCUUGAAUCUCUUGUUGAAGUCCAGAGACAAAGAUUUGAACCCAAUGAACGUAUCUGACUGAACGUGGUACUUGUCCAGCAAUGCUAAUAUGUAGAAAGAAUGUUAUAAAGGUCUGUACGUGUAUCACAAGCCCAGCAUAUAAACUUCUCAGGUCUUGUUCCUCUUUGGUCAGAUCAUUCUCCUCAGAGAACGCUUUGUUUUUUCCUUGGCACACGUUUUCAAGUUUUCAAGGUUAGGCUACAGCUUAGUAUGCUGCAACUGCCAGAGGCGGAGGCUCAUCUUGCCACAAUUUGAGAUGAUCCAUCAAUGUUGCUCAGAGUUUGUGGUAUGCUAGCUAGUGUGAAGUCGUGAAGAACCUUCUCAACAUUAGGUCUCAUAUCUCUAGCAGCUUAAUUUUUACUUUGUCUUAAGCAUGAGACUUGCUUUAGUUUGGGUAAGUUAGUUUCCUGUUGAAAACGGUCCUAGCUUAGACCUAACAGCACUGAAUUGUUAUGUUUGAAAAACAGAAAGUUAAAUUUAAAAAUAACCUCAAUGCGUGGCUUACAGGUUGAAGUUGCAGGUAGUUUUUCCAAUAAAAUCAUGAUUAUAAUGAUUUCUCAUUUUGUUUGAACCUUUUAGAAGCAUUUGCUUGAUGUAGGGAGAAAUUAUCCCUGGGAGAGAUUCUCCAUAUAUUCGAAACCAGACUUUUUUAGGCUGACUGUUGUCUCAUUUACCCAGUCAAAAUCACUUCCAUUGUAGUGAAUUCGGUACUAUGUGAAAGCUUCUACUUUGAAUGACUUCUGUACAUUCAUCUGCCCUCAUUUUCAGCUUUGAUAUCUUUUUUCAUAGCUUCCUUCUAUAGCUUCCAGCACAUACCAGCAUAGACUAGGCCACAUUCAUACUGAUCAGAAUAGAUGCUCUGGUAGAGUAACUUGGGCAGGUAUGGAAUUAUAAGGUGACACAUUCCUACUUGGUAUGCUGUUUAUAUCAUAAAAUAAAUACCAUUGUUACUACUACACAGUAUCAUGUACAGGCAUGUCAUUUUUCUACUAACUUUUACAUUUGUGAUUUUUAAGGUUAAUAGCGUUAGUAGUUAAGACUGCAUAAAAUAUACUGAGAGUUGCCUCCUGCAUUACUAAAGAUAAAAGUAACUAAUUCUUGUACACUAAUGAAUCUAUAUCUAAAUUAGUAAAAAUAUCAGGACUUCAAAGUGGGUUGAGUCAUAGAGGUGCUGCUUGAGUUUUCUUUUGGAAAGAAUCAGCACUUACAGUGUUCACUCAAGGUCGUGCUCCUGAAUACUUCCAAAUGUUCUUCAAAAGAUUUUUAUGCUACUUUCUUAGGGGUAGGUUAUUUGACCAUCAAGAUUCAUUCAUGAACUUGCAUCUGUGAGCUGUGUUCAGCCUUGGACUUCCAUCUUGCUGAAACUGCUCAAUGGCAUUUGAUGUCCACUUUUCCCAGCUGUAGUGGAAUACGAUUAAAGUCAGCUGUUGCAACAAGGGUCACAUAAGAAUUGCCUGUGUAACUGUAAGAAUAACUCCAGUUCACACUGAAAUACAUGUAAUAAUACAACAUAUUUGAGGUAGAAUAUACUGAAAUUGUAAUAUAAUUGUAAUUUCUGUGUGUAUGGGUGAAUAGGUAUUUCUGUGCACAUUCUAAAGACUGAGGUACUGAAGGUCACAGUAUAAUUUAUAGAUUGAAAAUUAUCGCUGUCUGCUUAACAGCUUUGACCCGGGUGCCAGAUAGCAAAAUCAUACUGAUUUCUACAAAUUCUUACCCUGAGUCUUGUAACUCACAUAUGGUUGCAUGACUGACUAAUUUGCUUUUGUUUAAUCUUGAAUGUUUUCAAACAAUUCUGAAUAAUGUUUACACUAAACUUGUUGAAAUUAUGAGAUCCAAUACAAGUUGAGAAAGUGUGAUGUAUGAGGGGAAAGGCUGAAUAAUAUCAAAACAGAGAAACAUUCUCUGGCAUUAUAUAAUCAAAUCUGGCAUUAUCAAAUCAAAUCUGAAAGUCAAAGAGUAUGUCCAGCUGAGAAAGAACGCACUGUCCUAUUUCACUUUCUUUAUUCAUGUAAUGUUUCCGGUUUUGUUUUUUUAUUAAACUUUGGAUUACUUUUUCAUUCCUACUGAGAAUUUCUUAUCGACUGUAUUUUUUAGAAGUCUUUGUUUUGCAUUAAAAAAAAUCUAAGUUUCUUUUUCUCCUCUGAGUUUCUUUAACAUUGAUGUAGUUGUUCAGCUACUUUGCUUCUAUUUUCUGAAUCUGUUUUUAGAUUUUCCCAAUUCUUUUCAAAUAGCUGUCACUACUCAAUACUUUUUGUUUUACAAGAUUAAUCUACAAUCUGCAUUGAUGGCUUUGGGAAACUGUAGUCUGAUAAAGAGUAAAGUUCUUAUUAUCUCUGUUGUUUCUUCUCAAGUGAACAACUGGGUGUUGGCAGAAACAUUGAAGUCCUGGUCUGGUUUUCAAUAGAAGUGUCUAUGAUGGCAUUAGUUACAGCACUGGUUAAAUUUCUUACUUCAGUAAUUAAAUUAUGUCAAUGCAUUUAUACUGAUGCAUUAAACCUCCCUCACUUUUUGUCUUCUGACUUCUUGUAUGUAAUGUAAAAACAAACAAUUCUGUGAGCAGUGGUAGUGGCAAGUGCAAGCACACAACAUCAAGGCGUUUUCUGGAAUGUUUGUGUGAACCCUACUUGGAUGGAAACUUAUGUUGUAGGUAUUUCCUAAAAGUUUAUAAAUUACCACUUAUCAAAUUGCAAAAAUAGAGAUUUUUUUUUAAAAAGAA